CUUUUUUCCUGUUUCACACUAUCCGUACCGAAAGAUAACCCACAGCUAAGGUUUUUUAGUGAGAGAAGGAAAAACAAAAUAAAGAAGAGAGAGAAAGAGAAACGAAACGCCAUGUCCUCUGCCGUUGAGUUCGCUUCUUCUUCUUCUUCUUCUUCUUCUUCUUCUUCUACUGCUCAAGAUAGCCAUGACGACACCAACAACGAAAGGUUAGAUUUGAUUCGCCAAAUCGAUCCAACGGUUAAAACUUUAUCACUUCCUAACGAAACUUUUCUCGGAGCUGCCAUUUCUCUCAAGGACCAGGUGGUGGAGAUGACGUGGAAAGUAUGUGGUAGUACGGACACGGGUAUUACAGUUGUUGACCCGACUGUGUAUUCGGGUUCAUUGGGAACUGCUUUCGUCUGCUUGCGGUCGUACGAGGUCACCGGCGACGACCAAGACAUAUUACUAUGUUCGAAGAUCGUUGACUCGUGUGCCUCUGCAGCACGUGCAUCUUCUAGGCAUGUUACAUUUUUAUGUGGUAGAGGAGGGGUGUAUGCAUUGGGAGCUGUUGUUGCUAAUUGCCAGGGAGACCAAAGACGAAGAGACUUUUUCUUGAACCUCUUCCUUGAGGUAGCGCAAGAGAGGGCCCUCCCGGUCGGACCAGAGGAAGGUGGUUUUGGGAUGUCUUAUGAACUUAUGUAUGGGCGAGCUGGAUUCUUAUGGGCUGCUUUAUUCAUAAACAAGCAUCUUGGAGAAGGGACAUUGUCCAGUGAUGUUCUCAUGCCUAUUGUUGAUGCUGUGUUAGCUGGAGGUAGGGCCGGGGCAUCUAAUAAUCCAGCCUGCCCGCUCAUGUACAGAUGGCAUGGAACAAGGUACUGGGGUGCCGCCAAUGGCCUUGCUGGAAUCUUGCAUGUCUUACUUCACUUCCCUCUCUCAGAAGAAGAUUCUGAGGAUGUUAAGGGGACACUAAGGUAUAUGAUGAGUAACAGGUUCCUUCAUAGUGGAAAUUACCCAUCAAGCGAAGGAAACCCCAGGGACAAGUUGGUGCAAUGGUCUCACGGUGCAACAGGCAUGGCCAUCACCCUAAGCAAGGCAUCAGAGGUGUUUCCAAACGACAGGGAAUUCCGUGAUGCAGCUAUAGAAGCAGGCGAAGUUGUGUGGAAGAGUGGCUUAGUGAAGAAAGUCGGCCUAGCUGAUGGUGUAGCUGGAAAUGCAUACGCUUUUCUUUCACUUUUCCGUCUUACAGGAGAUAUCAUAUAUGAAGAGCGAGCAAAGGCAUUUGCAAGCUUUUUAUAUCAUAAUGCGAGUGAAAUUAUAAAUGGACAUGUCCCUGGAGACGAUGCAUAUUCUCUUUUCAAAGGACUUGCUGGAGCAGCUUGCCUGUGGUUUGAUCUUCUUGCACCUGAAAAGUCCAGGUUUCCAGGAUAUGAACUCUAGGUGAAAAUGAUGCAGUUUUCAAGAUGACAGAAAUAUAAAAUAUGGAUUGUAAACCUGAUUUGUAUAUAUAACCAGCUGCUCUAGUACUAAGGUUUGGUUUACCUGAAAACUUGUAUGAUUUUAAAAAUGGUUCCUCGGAGUUUAGGCUAGAAAUAUAACCGACCUGCAUGGUCCACAUUAAACCUGUUCAGGUGAAACCAUGUAUAGGUCAAAACACCAUAGCUUUCAUCCUGCUGCCAUUCCCGCUAUUGCACGGUCGGCUCAAUCUAAGCACAAUAAAAUAAGAGCUUGGACUAGUGGCCGUCUCCGUAGGUCCAUCCCACUAACACUGGAGCCAAGCCUGUCUGUGGUUUCAGUCUUAAAAUCCUUUUCAUAAUGCUAAGGUGGUAGCAACGUCUGGAAAAAAAUCUGUUUACAAUUAUGCGAGAGUUAGAGCAGAGGAACAUGUGUAUAUGAUUAUGAGUUUUAUGUUUAGUUUACAAUAUCCCUUAAGACUUCCAAUUGGUCAUAUGAUGCGAUAUUCUCUGUCAGAGGUUCGCUCGAGGCAUAUCAACAAGACUUGGAAAACAGAAAGACGUGUACAAGCAUCCUGGUUUUGCUGGAACAAUUCAACCCUAUUUGUCAUUGUCAUAGACAUAUAUGUAUGCUCUUGAAAAUUACACCACUAAAGUGACUUCAUAAUUAUGGUUUUA